UCAAAUGUUUGUAUAUUAAAGUAACGAAAUGGAUGAAAUACCAACAUUUAAAUAUAUCUCAAAUAUUAAUUUACAGAAAUAUUUAUUUUAACAAUAAAGUCGUCUGCUACAGAAACAGCUGAUUGCUGUCUGCGAACAUUUUUAGGUUACGUUCGUCCUUAAAGUCUUGUUUUUAUUGUUCUUAUUUUACAAUUUGUUUAUUAUUAAUGAAGUUCUAAACUUUCAAAAGUUACAUCAAUUAAUUAACUUCGUUUUAAAUUAUAAAUAAAAAUUUACUAUUUGUAAACUAUGCCCGAAUCCUCUGUCAAAAUUGCGAACAAAACUGAUGAUGACAUAGACGACCCACUUGACCGCAUGUUAAAAAAAACAGGAUGCAUGGAAUUGCAUUUUAAAGUUCAGGAGUGCAUAGCAGAAACACAAGAUUGGAGAAAGUGUAAAGAUCAAGUGAACACAUUUAGAACUUGCAUGGAGGAGUAUCAACGAAACAAGGAAAGAAAAUAAUGGCAUUAAUUGUAAAUAAACUAAAGUCCCUCUUUAAAGAUCAAUUUCGAUCAAUGAUAUUGGACUGUAAAAUGGUUAUAGUAGUUCGUACUGAUAUUCCAAUGGGAACAGGAAAAAUUGCAGCACAAUGUGCUCACGCUGCCGUGCAAUGUUGUCAGGAAGUUAUUUCGAUAAAAGCACAUAAACAAGCUUUUAAUUCUUGGUUAUUACUGGGUCAACCAAAAAUUGUAGUUCAAAUUCCCAGUGAAAAAUUACUCUUAAAUUUAGCCGACGAAGCCGCCAAGGCAGGUCUUCCUUUUGCAGUAAUAAGAGACGCUGGUAGAACACAAUUAGAACCUGGCACUAUUUCCGUUUUAGGAAUUGGACCCGCACCUAAAGAAUCUGUCAAUAAAAUAACUUCGUCAUUAAAAUUACUGUAAGACUUCAAAAUAAACACCUAGGUUUAAAAAAAAA